AGAUCCAAUUAUGAUCCGCACAAGAGCCGCAUUCCUUCACAUUAAUCCGGGGAGGAUUGUCCAGCUCAGUCGGCAUUUGUCCCUUGGCAUGGAUUUCAUUUGGAGGAAUUGUAAUUCGGCGACGCCUGACCAGUCAUGGAUACGAGGUGUCUGGAACUUAUCCAGUCGGUGGAUAACACCACGACGCAUCACAUAGGACUAUUGGUUGUAAGCCCUAGUCCGACUGAAUUAGGAAAACAUGGAAGUGGACAAUGCCCACAAUCAGGGGCUGCGAAAACGUCGAUAAGCUCCAUCGUGGUCUUUUAAUUAGCCCGUAUUAGCAUGCUCAUUGGUGCUAAUACGAGAUUAAUUUGGGGGCUACAGCAUGAAAAAGGGGAUAGUUGGACCCAGUCAUUGGCCUCUUUUUUCAGCCUCACGCGAGAUAUAAACCGAAGCUGGACCCUGAUGACUCCCAUUUGAACCCCAUUCGUUUGAAAUAUGUCCAUGUAAGCUUGUUCGGAAUCCCCCGUAAACCCAACACUCGUUUAAGCGCACCGUGAGGGAACACAUCUCCCUUCCCUCCACCAAUGGAGCGCACCAAAUGGCUCGACGGCCUCCGCGGCGUCGCGGCGGCGAUCGUGGCAUUCGACCACUUCUUCAUGGGAGAGAUCUGGCACCCAUUCGUCUCCUUCUGGGCGGAGCCCCCAGAGGGAAAUCGUCGCUUCGUCCAACUACCCCCCAUUCGCGUGCUUUUCUCCGCCCAUGCCAUGGUGACACUCUUCAUGGUGAUCUCGGGCUACGCCAUCUCAAUCAACAUUCUGAAGUCCCGGCCUAGCCCGCAAUUUUAUACCCGCAUCUCCUCCGCCGUCUUGCGGAGAAUCUUCCGCAUUUACCUACCCGUCUUAGUGAUCGCGACCAUCAGUCAAUUCCUUUUCUUCUUCGAUUUAUACCACUGGACCUUUGACGAAGGCCUCCUCAAGGGCCUAAAACCCUGGACCUCCCCAUGGUCCCAUAUCAAAUGGCUGUUCCUCUUCCUGUCGGACAGCAUGAACAUCAUGGCCUACACAUACAGCGGCAACUUCAACGGCCAGCUCUGGACCAUGCCAGUCGAGUUCCGCGGCUCCAACGUCACCUUCCUUCUUAUAAUGGGCCUCGCUGCCUGGCGCCCCAAACUCCGCCUCUGGUUCCUUCCCUUCUUCGCCAUAUACUUCCUCUGGUACGGUCUCUGGGACCUCUUCAGCUUCAUCUGGGGCCUCUGGCUCGCCGAAAAGUCCGUCGCAACAACCCCCACCGAAAUCGACGACGAUGACGACUCCGAAAAACUUCCCCUAUUCCCCUUCUCCCCAAAUAACUGGAAACACCGCCUCCUCUCCCGCAAAAACUUCACCGUCGCCCGCAUCACCACCGCCCUAUCCUUCCUUGCAGGCUACCACCUCCUCUGCCUUGGUGACGACGGCCAUCUCUCCCCCGGCUACCAAUUCCUGGCGGCAAUACAACCCUCCAAAUGGAACAACGACUGGGGCGUAAUCCACUGGGCCUGGAAAUGCGUCGGCGCAGCCCUCCUCGUCUACGCGAUCAACGAGUCGCGCCUCCUCCAGCGGCCCUUUAAUACCCGGCCCGUGCAGUAUCUGGGCAAAAUCUCGUUCUCCUUGUAUUUGGUGCACCAGGCGAUCUACCAGAUGUGGCGGAAUCCGUUGCGGGACUAUCUGUGGGUGUUAGCGACGGGGACGCCGUGGCCAGGCAGUGUGGAGGCGCCAGUGCAAGAUGCUGUCGCGUUUCAUGUUGCAUGGUGGGCGUCGGGGGUUAUCCUGGGUACGGUAGUGCUUUAUGCGGCGCAUUAUUGGACGAUUUAUGUGGAUAAUCGGUGCGUGGCGCUUACGAAGAGGGUGGAGAAGUGGUUGACCUCUUAGUUGGGUUUAGUUAAUGUAAUAAAUGGGAUGUGUUUCUAUUUUUUAAAAGAUAUUGUGUUCUGUGUGAUGGUGUACAGUGUACAGCGGAUUGGAUACUGAAGGUCAUAGACCCUCG